GCACCCCGUCUCCAUCCUCCGCAGUCUCCUUCUCUCCUGCCCGUCAGACUGACUGAGUGACUUGCAGAUCACCACACUGACAACCAAACUAACCUGCUAACUGAGCGGCACCAGCUGAUUUCCCCUCAUCACGGGAGCACCACAGCAUGUGAAUGGCGACAGAAAGCAGCAGAGUUGUUACAGCAGAGGAGCAGGAGGAGCUCCCUGCCUCUGGAGCUGUCUCUCACCACACACACACCCGAAGUCAGAGCCACAUCCAGUUUCAGCCUCUGACACAUACAUCUCACUGGCAGGCUCCUCGCGCCCUUGCUCACACAAGGAGUCACAGCCACACUCACUUCAACAACACCCCAGCACACACACAGUCGCAGAGGUACGGCUGUCGCCUCACACACAGUCUCUCAGCCAUGGCUAAGGGAGAGAGGGGAGUGCAGGGCUCUGAAGGGAAGCCCAGUGAACCUUUGUUUCCCAAAACUUCUCAGCAGACUGACCUGAGCCAGAAGUUGUCAUUAUGCAGCAAAUUGUGUUUUGCCAUCGGCGGCGCACCCAAGGAAGUGGCUGCCAGCGCCACAGCCUUCUUCCUGCAAAUCUACCUGCUUGAUGUUGCUCAGAUUAAUGCCUUCCAGGCCUCCAUGGUGCUGUUCAUCGGUAAAGUCUGGGGUGCAGUGACCGAUCCUGUCGUUGGUUUCUUCAUUACAAAAAGCAAAUGGACCAGGAUUGGAAGACUCAUGCCCUGGAUGGUGGGUUGCACACCUUUCCUGGUGAUCUCGUACUUCUACCUCUGGUACGUUCCUCCUUUCAGUGGCGGCAGGUUCAUCUGGUACCUUGGCUUCUACUGCCUCUACCAAACCCUCAUCACUUGCUUCCACGUGCCUUAUUCUGCUCUCACCAUGUUCCUGAGCACGGACCAGAAGGAAAGAGACUCAGCCACUGCCUACCGAAUGACAAUGGAGGUCCUGGGGACGCUUGUGGGCGCUGCCAUCCAGGGACAGAUUGUGGCCAGCGCUCACACUCUGAAGCACUGCCCUACCAACAACAUGUCGGCCGGUUACCUUGGCAACAGCAGCGGGGCAGAGAUAGUCAAGAGCCUGGUGCACUCCAAGGAGUACCUGUCACAUGCUAAGCAGGUGUACACGAUAGCUGCCGGCGUCAUAGGAGGAGUAUUUGUCAUCUGCACUGUGGUGAUGUUCCUGGGAGUCAAAGAGAGAGACGAUCCAUAUGCCCCGAAGACCGAGAAGCAGGUCUCUUUCCAGCAGGCCUUCAUCCUAGUGAUGAGACACGGGCCAUACCUCACUCUCACCGCUGCAUUCCUCUUCAUCACUGUCGCCAUUCAGCUGAUCCAGAGCAACUUUGUCCUCUUCUGCACUUAUGCUGCCGACCUGAGGGAUCACUUCCAGAAUAUUGUACUGACCAUCCUGGUAUCUGCAGUGAUAAGCAUUCCUCUGUGGCAGUGGUUUCUGCAGAGAUUUGGGAAGAAGACAGCAGCUUUUUGUGGCAUCACUUGGAUCCUGCCCUUCACGUUGAUGUUGGUGUUCAUCCCUAACGUCAUAGUGGCUUACGUCGUGGCUGUCUCCUCCGGACUCAGUGUGGCUGCGUCACUCCUCAUGCCAUGGUCUAUGUUGCCAGAUGUGGUGGAUGACUUCAGGCUGGCCAACCCCUACUGUAAAGGCCAUGAAGCCAUCUUCUACUCCUUCUAUGUCUUCUUCACCAAAUUCGCCUCUGGGAUCUCCCUGGGAGUGUCCACCCUCUGCCUGGAGUUUGCAGGGUAUGACACUGGCGCCUGCAAGCAGCCUCCUCCUGUGGUGUACACCCUGAAGCUGCUGAUCGGUGCCGCCCCAGUGGCUUUCAUUGUCACAGGCUUGAUGAUCCUGCUUUUCUAUCCCAUCAGCGAAGACGUACGGCUUAGGAAUAAACUCUGCCUGGAGGAGCUAAGGAAACAAAGCAUCGGCUCCAGAACGGUGGAAGAUUUGAGUAACGUGUGACCUGAACUUUGAAUGGAGUGAACACAUGAAGCCAUGGAUUCCAGUAAUGCGGCUGGAAAGUUGCUCACUAGUGUAUAUUACACUGCUAAAUAG